GGGAACAAAAGAAGAAGACGGAACCCAGAAGUUGAAAUGUUUCCGGCCCACGGAAGAUUGGGGAAACUUUUGUUGUAUUCACGCACUGCCAUUGUUGUAUUCGUACGGCUUUAUCAUGGCUAAUACAAUGGAAGAUCCAGGGCCUAACGUUAAUAAGGACAACAUCAGAGCUGGGUGCAAGAAAUGUGGAUAUCCGGGCCACUUGACCUUCGAGUGCCGAAACUUUGUCAGAGUGGACCCCCAGAAAGACAUUGUUCUGGAUGUAAGCAGCACGAGCAGUGAGGAGAGUGAAGACGAUGUAGCUGCAGCCUCUGAGAAGGUGGGGCGAAAUGGCCAGCAUCGUAGAGGUUCCCAUGAUGAUGCCAAUGAUAGAAAAAAGAGACACAAAAAGAAGAAGAGCAGAGACAGAAUGUCGAGGAAGAGAUCUGCUUCGUCAAGCGAUGACGAAAGAACAAAGAAGAAAAAGAAACACGGCAGGUCCUACUCCUCAUCUGAUGAAGAGGAGAGGCGGAAGAAAAAGAAAGUGAAAAGCCACAAGAAGAAAAGCAAAAAGAACAAAAGUGAACAUGGGAAGAAUCACAAGAAGAAACAGAAGAAGAAGAAACACGAAUCUUCCUCCUCGUCUUCUUCGUCCAGCUCCAGUGAAUCGUCAGACAGUGACUGAGACAGCGGAGUGCUGCAGUGUGUGGAGGACCAACAUAUUUAUUCUCCAGUCCACAAAAAGUGUGUUUGUCAGACAUUGUGUAAAUAAGACACCUCAUCUUGUCCCAUUUAAAGUGUCCAUCACUGAGACAAGGAUUUACAUAAUUCAGUGGUUUAAAAACCACUGUUCACUUAAGAUAAUGGAGUUUUACACCAUCAUGCAAAUGAAAAAAAUAUCUGAAGCAUUUUGGAAAACAUGCACGUAGCCAGGGGACAUGUUUGGAUUUAACUGUUUUGUUGUCCUUCCAGAACCACUGUCAUUUCACAUUUAACAGUUUUGUGUGUGUGCAGAGGAAUCUUGCGUGACAUUUUCAGGACAGUUCAGGGGAAAAACCUUGGAUGUUUUUAGUGUGAUAGAUUCCUGUUAUAAGUUUCAGGAUGCUGUCCUUUUUGUCUUUUAUAAACUUUGUUGCUUCAAAGCUUCCCUUUGAAAUUGUACCCCCAAAAAGGGCAAAUGGGACUGUUAAAUAUGAAAUCUUUGGUUGACUGGGAAUAAUGGCUAAGGGCAACAGUCAGCCCAUUUCUUUGUCAGUGCUGACAAGUCAGUGGUAGUUGAACUAUUGGCAUAUCAAUAGACAAAAAAAGCUUCAAUGUUUAUACUCUUUCUGGGAUGGCUUUAUAGUACAACGCAACUCUUGGAGGUUCCUGGUAAAGUAACGUGAUUACUGUCAAAUAAUACAUUUGAUAAUUUAACCAACCACACCUUUUUAAAAAACAUCUGGACAUUUCAGUAGCUCAUUCCAAAAUAUCUGUGUAUACAUUUUGGGAUCUGCCAUUAACUAAGCCUCUUUAUACAGCUUUGUUCAUUUCCUGUGCACAAUUUACCAUUGCUUUAGUCUGUCUUUCUUGGAAGGGUUCUUUUAUAGUAAUAAAAUGUAUAUUUGUAUCAAACUA